AGUUUUUCUCGGGGAUUCCCCGUGACGUGACGCGUUACAGGAAGUGUCUGUCGACAUCGUCCAUUUUGGUAAUUGGGCGCGUACUGUACAAACUCUUCUUCCUCAUCUAUUCCGAACUCUGACAGUUCAUUGGUGGUCAUUGUUUUCAUCAUCAUGGAGACAUCCACUAUUAAAAUGCUGGAUGUUGAUUAAGUGUUCAGAAUCAGUCGUUAACUUAAACAACAAGAUCUACUGGCAUGACUGGAGUAAUCGAGUUUUGAAUUGGACAUCUUUCGUCAAGACAGUUCACGAAUCACGUCAGGUUGUUGGCCUACGGCUACGACUGAGCUGGGAAGAAUGAUCAGAUAAUACUACAGCUGCAGGUCAUGAUGCAGGUUUUCAGGAAGACUAUUCCAGUCAUUGAUUACUCUUCUACUGAAAGACUUAUUUCUCACAUCCAGUUUGCUAUGGGAUUUCAAUAAUUUCAUGGAGUGACCUCUUGUAGAGUUACUACCAGACUUGGAGAAAAAAUGGUCCGGAGAAAUGUUGGACUAAUCCAUGCAUAAUCUAGUGGUUCAUUAUCAUAUCUCCUCUCCUCCUUCUAUAAAUUUGUGUGGGUAGACCUAUUGAAUGAGAAUGGAAAUGGAAAAGAAAGAUAGAAGUUCUGUCACUGAAGAAGAAUUUUUGAGAUUGGCCCAGCUCAUCCCACCGAGGUACUAUUCAGAUUUAGGCAUACAUUUGGGAAUCUCAUCUGCUGAACUUGAUCAUAUCAUUGUCCAACAUUCAUUGGAUUACAAGGAUGCAUUGAUGACAAUGUUCACACGGUGGAGAGAUGGACAGCAUCCAGAUGAAGACAUCAGAGCUCUUCUUGCAGAAGGAUUAGAAAAGAGUGACUUAGGGGGAUUGUCCAAAGAACUUCUAGCUGGGAAUCUAAUCCAGAAAACAACAGAUGUCAGACAAACAACUGCAACAACUUCAAGAGCAUCAACUUCAACAGGAGCAGCAGACAUGUCAGUACCACCACAUACCGUCAGUGAGGAAGAACUUUUGAUGUUGUCAAUGGAAAUUGGACCUACUUACUACAAGAGGGUUGGCGUUAACCUGAAUAUCUCGUUUGUAACUCUUGAUAAAAUAAAGAAAGACACACAAGAUACUACUGAUGCUUUGAUGACAGUAUUCACAAGAUGGAGGGAUAAACAGCUUCCAGACACGAACAUCAGGGCUCAUCUUGCGGAGGCUUUACAAAAGAGUGGUCUAGUGUUGCUUUCUCAGAAACUGAUUACUGGAAAUCUAUUAGGGACAGGUGCAUCAAUGCCAGCAUCACAGACCCAACCACUCACUCCUGACCUGGUUGAAAGAUGUAGAAAGGAGCUUCAAUCCCAUUACAGAAGAUAUUUCUGUAAGAUAAGAGCUGAUAGUCUUAAUCCACGUUCCCUUGCGCCGUGUAAAGACAUAUAUACACACCUUGUUUUGGAAGAAGAAGAUUAUCGCAAUAAGAAGCGAUCACUCGAAUAUAAGGACCUCUUCAAACUUAAAAUUAAUGGAGAGUUUCCAAAUCGGAUCAUCAUUCAGGGAGAAGCAGGGGCUGGAAAGACGACACUCUGCGCAAAGAUUGCAUGGGACUGGAUAGACGGUAGUCCUGAUGUUCCUAAGUUUGUAUGGGUACUUGUAAUCCCUCUUCGUGAAGUCAAGCGAUGUACAAUUGGUCAGAUAGUCAAGUCUUAUCUCUCAAAGGACAACCCAGCAACAGCCUGUCAGAUCACCGAGUACAUCCGUUCAAAUCCAGAAAAGGUAUUCAUUGCCUGUGAUGGAUUAGAUGAGUUUAGUGGCAAGGUUGUACAGCACUCUGAAACCAAACAAGAAUUAGAAGGUGCUCAGCCUGAGCCUGAUGGUCAACCAGAUGCAAGAGCAACAUCAAAGCGACCAAAGUUAAUGGGGCAUAUGUCCACACGUACACCAAUUGCCCCAUUGAUGCCAAGAGGCAGCAUCUCAGAUGCAAGUGAAAGCACUACUGAAGAAGAUGAUAUCUCUCUAGUACAUAUCCUUCGUUCAGAUGAACUCAGCAAUUGCCCAGUGAUGGUGACCAGUCGUCCAUGGAAGGCCAAUGAGAUAAAGUGGGAUCUCAAUCUAAUGAAACUGUAUGCUUUCAUUCAUGUGGAAGGCUUUAGUAAGAAGAAUGUGGAGGUUUACAUUCACAAGUACUUUAAAGACAAUACAGUCACAGCAGAUCAGCUUAUUCAAAUGAUCAAAGGGAAUAACAUCAUAUCAGAGUAUAUGGCACCCUAUCCUAUCUAUAUAUCUAUGCUCUGUCUUAUGUGGAGAGGACUUGAUGACAAAAAGAAAGAAUUGUUUAAAACCAUUCGAACAUUCUCUCAAUUAUUUCAUGAGAUGUUUGAAUUCUUAAACAUGCAUUAUGUCCAAAAAGAGAUACAAGAUCUAAGGAGUCCAUCAUUUAAUGACCAUCGCUCUAAAAUUGAAAAACUCAUGGAACCCGUUGCCAAAUUGGCAUUUGCUGGACUGCAAUGGAACAACCUUAUUUUCAAUGAAGAAGAUCUUGAACAGUACUCAGACUCUGUGAAAAUAGCAUGCAAAGUAGGAGUGUUGUCACAGGAGAAUAAGCUCUCAUCCAUUCAUGAUAAGAGCAGACCGUUCCUGCAGUCAACAUUCUUCUUUCCUCAUAAACUAUUCCAGGAGUAUAUGGCUGCAGUCUAUCUUGCUUCUCUCUAUGAUUCAGAUCGCAAUGAAUUUAACAGGCUGAUUGAGGAAGUAGUGCUCUUUAGGAAGGAAGAGUUUAGGUAUCUCCUGUACUUCACUGUGUCUCAGAACAAAAACAUUGCCAAUUAUAUCACCACGUGUCUGCUACAACAGUACACCCAAAGCCAAGAUAAGGAGGAGAUGAAUUUCUUGGUUGAUGUAACCUUUGAGAGUCAGGAUGAAGAUACCAACGCCAUGCUUCGGAAUUCAGUGUCAUCUCUGUCCAUCCGUGUUGAAGACGCACACACUAUAGCUGGUUAUGCAUCCACUGGGAUAUAUUCAAAGGCGAUCAAUAUGCAUAUUGGUAGAUCUAAUUUACCUUCCUAUGGACCAGGUAUAUCAAAAGAGGUUGCAUUGAUGAUAUGCUCAGCACCAUCACUAAGGGAUGUUCAUCUGAUUGCAAGAUGUCACCCUACCUUCUAUGAAACUCUUGCCAGAGAAGGAAGGACAGCCACAGUCCAUACUCUUCAUAUUGAUGAGCCUCUAUCAUCAGCCUCUUCACAUCACCUGGUAGAAGCUUUAUGCUGCCUACCUAACCUGACUAACCUGACACUGAGCAGAGUUUAUGACCAGGAGUUCUAUUCUAAUCUGAAAGAGAAGGCUUCAACCUUGAAGGUCCAUACUCUUCAGAUUUGGAAUUACGAGCCUCUAUCAUCAGCCUCUUCACAUCACCUAGUAGAAGCUUUAUGCUUCCUACCUAACCUGACUAACCUGAGACUACAAGAAGUUUGUGACCAGGAGUUCUGUUCUCAUCUGAAUGAGAAGGCUUCAACCUUGAAGGUCCAUACUCUUCAUAUUGAUGAGCCUCUAUCAUCAGCCUCUUCACAUCACCUAGUAGAAGCUUUAUGCUGCCUACCUAACCUGACUAACCUGACACUGAGCAGAGUUUAUGACCAGGAGUUCUAUUCUAAUCUGAAAGAGAAGGCUUCAACCUUGAAGGUCCAUACUCUUCAGAUUUGGAAUUACGAGCCUCUAUCAUCAGCCUCUUCACAUCACCUAGUAGAAGCUUUAUGCUUCCUACCUAACCUGACUAACCUGAGACUACAAGGAGUUUGUGACCAGGAGUUCUGUUCUCAUCUGAAUGAGAAGGCUUCAACCUUGAAGGUCCAUACUCUUCAUAUUGAUGAGCCUCUAUCAUCAGCCUCUUCACAUCACCUGGUAGCUUUAUGCUGCCUACCUAACCUGACUAACCUGAUACUGAGUGGAGUUUAUGACCAGGAGUUCUAUUCUAAUCUGAAAGAGAAGGCUUCAACCUUGAAGGUCCAUACUCUUCAGAUUUGGAAUUACGAGCCUCUAUCAUCAGCCUCUUCACAUCACCUGGUAGAAGCUUUAUGCUUCCUACCUAACCUGACUAACCUGACACUGAGAGGAGUUUGUGACAAGGAGUUCUGUUCUCAUCUGAAAGAGAAGGCUUCAACCUUGAAGGUCCAUACUCUUCAUAUUGAUGAGCCUCUAUCAUCAGCCUCUUCACAUCACCUGGUAGCUUUAUGCUGCCUACCUAACCUGACUAACCUGACACUGAGCAGAGUUUAUGACCAGGAGUUCUAUUCUCAUCUGAAAGAGAAGGCUUCAACCUUGAAGGUCCAUACUCUUCAGAUUGAGAAUUACGAGCCUCUAUCAUCAGCCUCUUCACAUCACCUAGCAGAAGCUUUAUGCUCCCUACCUAACCUGACUAACCUGAUACUGAGAGGAGUUUGUGAAGAGGAGGAGUUAUGUUCUCAUCUGAAUGAGAAGGCUUCAACCUUGAAGGUCAGAAAGCUUACUCUGGAAGCAUUGUACUUGUCAACAAUGUCAACAAUCUUACCCAGCAACCUAGCAGAAGCACUGUGUAUUAUGCCCAAUCUUACUGACUUAACAUUGAGGUCUUUGAACAGAGAGUUCUACCAUACGUUGAAAACGAAAGCAUCAUCUAUACAGGGUUCUUUGCCUCAGAUCAGUAAAGGAAAUUUCAUGUUCAAUGGAAAGCCUCAGAAGGAUCUUCAAUCAUUCUUACAAGCAGUCGGUGACGAGGUAGGGUAGGUGAACUAAUAAACUUAUUAAGGUAAAGGUGACCUCUUCACUCAGACUGAUACAACCUAGAUAUGAUCAAUGUAUAAACAGUUCUUAUACUGC